AUGGAAGAUGAUAACGAUCAUAUAAUGCAGUCGUUGAAUGACAAUUCGAGGAUGAUGCCAACUUUGUCGUCAUCACCUGAUGCUUUGUUAUCAUCGGUGCUCUCAUCGUUACCUUCGAGUGGUGCAUUCACUAAAUACGUAUCUCCAAAUAGUUCACCUGCCACUAAAAAUAAGGUAGCUUCACACAAUACUAGUCCACCGGGGAAUCACUACGUUAAAAAUGAUGAAACCAAUGUCUUGAUAAGAGCAUUGAGUAAAAAUGCAAUAAGGUUUAUGACUCCUGACGAUAUCAAUACAACUUCAACAACCACAAAUAAUAGUAAUAAUAAUAAUAAUAGAAAGAAAACAACAACACAAGACAAAAAAGGUAAAAAAGUUAAAAGAGAUGAUUAUGAGGAUGGUGACGACGAUGACGACGAUGAUACUAUAACGACUACUACGACAACUACUUUAAGAUCAUCACCAUCUAUAAAUAGAAUAUCCAAUAAUAAUAAUAAUUUACAAUCAUCUGCUGAUAAAUCACCAAAAGAAAAGAAAAAGGCAAAAGUAUAA